AUCUUCACGCUGAACUCUGAACCCUUCCCAUUGGCCUCCCGCCCAGCGGCUCAGGUUUGGUUGGUCUCCUGCCGGUCAAAGUGCGCAGAUGAAACGCCUGCAAUUUGGAAUCUAAUGUAGAGAUUAUCGAAACCCAUGAUGGAGAAAAAGAGAUGGUCAUGGAAGCGGAAAUCCUCUGAGAAGAGCUCCGGCAGCUCUGAAGGAUCAGGAUCUGUGUCAUCCCAUUCCGAGAGAUCCUCGGAUGAACAGCAGGAGGCCUCUACGGAAUCUCCUAACGGAAGCAAUCAAUCACCUGUUGUCACCUCAAAAGCAGAAGCUGGUUCUGAAGAUGUUGACCGUAGUUUAUCUAUGGACGCACUAGCAUCUGAAGUCGCCUCAAAAGCUAGACCUGCUACAGACAAAAUAAGUGAAGAUUCGUUAGAAGAUGAUGGCAAUGAUUCUAAGGACAAUUUCAGAAAUGUAAAGGAAGAUGAUGUCAAUGAUGGUCUAAAGAAGUUGUCAGAGAAGCUAUCUGCAGCGCUUGUGAAUGUCAGUGCCAAAGAAGAUUUGGUGAAACAGCAUGCCAAAGUUGCUGAAGAAGCCAUUGCAGGCUGGGAAAAGGCUGAAAAUGAAGCGGCUGUUUUGAAAAAGCAACUAGAAGCAGCGGUGUUAAAGAAUUCUGCACUGGAAGAUCGAGUCACCCAUUUGGAUGGUGCACUUAAAGAGUGUGUUAGACAGUUGAGGCAGACAAGAGAAGAACAGGAACAAAAUAUGCAUGAUGCUGUAGUAGAGAAAACCCAUGACUUGGAAUCAGCUAAACUCAAACUUGAGAAACAGCUUCUUGAGCUUCAGAGUAAAUUAGAUGCUUCUAAUGCCAAAUCUCCUGCAACGGUUGAUCAUGAUCUGUGCCAAAAGGUUGACCAUUUGGAGAAAGAGAACUUGAAUCUCAAGCACGAUCUUAUUGCUCAGCUUGAAGAGCUGAAAAUCAGGACAGUUGAAAGGGACUUGAGCACUAAAGCAGCUGAGACAGCCAGCAAGCAACACUUGGAAAGCAUCAAGAAAGUGGCCAAACUUGAGGCUGAGUGCCGGAGAUUGAAAAGCAUGUCUCAUAAAACGUCCUCAGUUAAUGAUCAUAAAUCCAUUACCUCAGCCUCAAUUUGUGUGGAAUCUCUCUCAGAUAGUCAAUCUGACAGUGGGGAGAGGCUUAAUGCAGUAGAGAAUAUUGAUUUCCAUAAGAUGAAUGGCUUAGAAUCGAACAAGUCUGAGCCAAGCUGUUCUGACUCAUGGGCAUCUGCACUGAUUGCUGAGCUUGAUCAGUUCAAAAAUGAAAAGUGCCGGCAACCCUCAUCCAGUUCAGCCAAAAUUGAUCUUAUGGACGAUUUUCUUGAAAUGGAACGACUUGCUUCAUUGUCUGAAACUAAGAAUGAGAGCUCUUGCCAGGAACCUGUUGCUGCAAAUCAGCACCUUUAUGAAGAAAGCUCCCUCAGAGCAGAGCUUGAAAACAUGAAUCAGCAAAUGUCUGAACUAACAGGGAAGUUGGAGAAGGCAGAAGCAGAGAAAGCAGAGCUGGCGAUAGCUUUGAUGAAAAGUGAAGACUGUAUUGAGGCAUCACAGCUUCAGUUGAGGGAAGCAGAGAUGAAAUUGGAGGAGAUGCAGAGAGAGAUAGAAGCUGCUUACAAAUCAAAGGAAAUGAUAGAUAAUCAACUCAUGAGCAUGGAGGAAGAGGCACAGAAAAUAUUUGCCAAGGUUUACUCUUUAGAGGUAGAUAUUGAUGGUGAGAGGGAUACGUUCGUUGAAAUUGCUCUUAAAUGCAAAGAAUUAGAAGAAGAACUGGAAAGGAAGAAGCAAGAAGAGAACCUCAGGUGUGCAGUUAGCUCAUACACCGAAAAAAAGAUAAAGCAGGAGGACCUAGCAUUAGCCGCAGGAAAGCUUGCUGAGUGCCAGAAAACAAUCGCAUCUUUGGGAAAUCAGUUGAAAUCUCUGGCAACCCUAGAAGAUUUCCUAAUUGACACUGCUAGCAUUCCAGAGUUCUCUGCGAGCCCAUCACUCGUUGCUCGAGCUGGUGGAGAGACUUGGAAGCUGCAUUCUAAUGAUACAUUCUCGCCUAAAAGAGAAACCAGUUCUUCGAAGGGAGCAGAAGGGAGCUCUAGCCCAUCAUUGAACAAAAAUGAAGGCUCACCACCUUCAUCUUUAUCAACUUCAUCAGCCAGUUUACCCAGUGUCAGUUCUGAGAGAAGUCGAAAUGGCUUUGCUAAAUUUUUCUCCCGAACAAAAAGUGGAAUUCGACUAGAAAUUUAGUGUGGUGGAUACAAACUAAAUUAGAUAUCAUUCAUGUAUCAUGGUGUAGAAUAGACAUCUGAGUUAUCAUUCC